AUGUCCCCACCUAAGAACUACCAAGACUUUGCCCAUAUCCUCUGUUAUUCUCAGCAGGAUUUUGCUAUCCAGGAGUUCUAUAAAGAACGAAUCAUUUCCAUCUUCAUCACCGGCGCCGUAUUUCUUCAGCAACUCCUCCCUUUUCCUGCCUUUGUCAUUGCUCCCAAUAUGUACCAAGAUCUGUGGCUCUUCUCCUUCCCACUACAAGAUAUCGUGGACGCGAUCAGAAACAUCCCGGACACUGCUGCGCAAGAACGGAAAUCGAAAGUGAAGAUCGGAAAUAGGCCGUACCGUCUUGUUUGCCUACUCUGCCUAGUUACGUCCGCCCUCAUCGUGACAGUAGCCGGUUUCUCGAUUUAUGUAUCACAGAUUCGUCAGUCUCAGAUCACAUGCGACCAAAACCACCGGCUCCAUCGGGAAGAGGUCAACAGGACCCUGCGCCAAUGUCGACUACAAGUCCAUGAGUUAAACACAACCCUGCUAUCCACAAUAUCCGAGAAUUCCCACAUGCAUCUGACCCAGAGAACCUCUCUUGAGCAUCUCUCUGAGCUAAUCUCUAAUCUGUCAGAUCUUAAACGAAGGCACAGCGAUCUCCGUCACCAGUUCACUGAGAUGGAAACGAAGUACAGAUCUGUCAACGAAACCAAGGCUCAAAUCUGUGAAUUGUUGACCAGCAGAAGAGAAGUUUGUUACGAAAGCUGUACAAGACCAAAGCAGUUCAUACUGGAUUGGAAAAUGCCAAGACGGGAAAGUGGCCACGAAAGUGGUGUACCAUAUGAACGCUGGAAAGUUCAAAUGCAGCGAAUGUAAAUGGUACAGUCCGCUUUACCAUUGCAAUCGUGAUAAUCACCGCUUCAUCUGCGAGUCGUCUGCACCUUUGUGCCCAGACAAUUCUGAAAUGAUCCAGGAUGUCUGUCAACAGCCAGUGGGUUAGACUUGAAUCAAAUGCAACAACCUCUUACCGGCCAAACUACCCCAUUCGCGCUGCCACUCACCCUAACCCUAUUCUCCUCUUUCCUUCUAUCGCACUCUUACUCGCCAUUUCUCCCGCUCUUAACCCUCGUCCCUCUGAACUCUCUCUCUCUCAUGCCUCUUCACUGCCGCCUCCUCUAUUUCAUCCGCAGUUUCCUCUCCAUCCCUGUCCUCGCUUUCUUGUCUCCGUUUUCUAAAACCGUCUAUCCCGGUUUCUACUUCGAUUCGGUACUCCUUCUCUAUCUGCUCUCCCCAUCCCACUGUGUCCCUUUUAUCUAACCCAACUCGCUUCCCUCUUCUGUCUUUAGCUACGCUCACCUCAAUGAUGUGUGUUAAUGUUCUCGAUACUCCAGUCCUAGGGAAAUAGAGUGCACACAUUCGCCUGAUCUCUGUCCCUCGUGGAUUUGUACACCUCUGUAAGGUCACCGAAAAAAGUCUCAGAUUUCCCAACCUCUCUCCAUAACUCAGUACCUCCUGUACGGGCAGCAUCCUCGGAAAUCUCCCUCUGCAAUCUUUCCAGUUUGUUGAGAUUUCUCUUAGAGCAAGGCAAGCAGAACUGAACUCCAUACUCCAAGUGCGGCCUGACCGACGUCAUCUGCAACUGCAACGUGCCCUCCGACUCCCUGACCCAGUGUCCUGACUGAUGAAGGCCAGCGUGUCAAAUAUCCUGUCCACCUGUAUCGCAACUUUUCUACCGGAUUCAGGGUCUGCUUUAUUAUCUGUGACUUAGACCACCUGAGAUUUGUAGUUUUGAAGAAUCAGCAGGGACCAAAUGUGUAAAAUUAAUGUCAAAUGCAAAAAGCUAAUAAAUGCCGCAAAAUGUGAAGGUAGUGCUGGUGUGUUCAAGAUUAUGCUGGCGGAGGGGAAGAAGUUCUUCCUGGUUCAUUGAGUUUUCAAUCUCCAGUUCGUCGUCAGCCCUCCUUC